GUUUGUGUGUGUGUGUGUGUGUGUCUGUUUGUGUGUGUGUGUUUCUUUGACACACAUUCACUCACACACACUCAGACAUAUGAAGAGCUAGUGCUUAUCCAAAGUUAGGCUUGCAUCAACAAAACAUGGGAAGUCUAAAUGAAAUUCUUUGCACGAGUUCGCCUAGGGAUUAGGGAAGUGGGAUCACCCGUUUCAGUUUGUGUAAAUCUGAAACGUUGUUCAUUUUUAUGUCCAGGGAGCUUGAUUUGGGCAGGCACACAGAGGAAAGAGAGGUAUGGCAUUUUUUUUUCUGCGGGGAGUGGGGGGACCAUUUCACAAAAGGUCCAUGCAAUAACUCUAGCCAUUUAUUUUUUUAAAUUCCUGCAAGCAUUUGCUUUCCUUGGCAUCACACAUUCUGUUCAUAGUUUGGACAUGGCUGACUGAUGCUGGCGGGUGCCAGAAUCCUGCUCUGAGAACUGGAGUCAGUCGCGGGUGGAGACACAGGCCUCUUAGAGGCGGCUCUAGAAAAAGGAGCAUUCAUGAACAAGCUCCGUAGUGCUCUCGCACACACGGUCGGCCAUAAGGGUCACUGGGCCGCCACACCGACCUGAUUGAGAAUGCAGAUGUGUUUCCGCAAGGACAACAUUGGCCACUCCGCUUACACGGCCCUCACUUUUUGUCUCAAGUAGCCUACCACUGACAUAGUGAACUUGUCUCGCUUGGACUUAACUGAGUUGGUCACACAAUGUUGAGAGAGAUAUGGACCUUGAGGCCUCUGAGGGUGUUAUAAACAGCUUUGGGGUUGCUUUGAAGUAAUGCACUAUAGUUUAGACAGCAGACCCAGUGAGUGUCAAUCUCGAGACGAGUGUUGCAAGAAGUGUGAAGUGAAACUACUGGUAAGAAACAAUGCGUUUAACAGUUCUUCUUGCAGCCAAAUAAACAGGCACAUUUGUUUUCACAGAGAAGAGCGCCAAGUUAUGACUGUGUUAUUUGGAACUUGUCGCGUGGACUGUUUUUUAAGGCAGCUGUUUCCAGCCUACCAACGUGUCUCCCACGACAGCAGAAAACUCCGCUUCACCUCCCCUGGAACUCGUCAGUGCGGGGACAUGUGCAAUUCUGUUUGGGCUGCCCGUGUAGUGACCGUUUGUGUCGCCAAAACGGAACCUCUGCUUUCCCCUUCUCGUUUCUUCAUGCUCUUCUCUGGCUAUUCAGGUUAACGAGUCCACUGAGAAGAUGCCUGGAAGUUCAAUAACACACUCAUGUUCGUGGAAAAAAAAAACUGUCUCGGCCGUCCUGCUCAUGCCUACAAUUGUAACUUUGACUGAUUGCUCUUGUAGAUGUGGUUUCUUCCUUUUUUUUAAAGUCUCUCCCCCCUAUUCAGCAAGCACAAAGAAUGGGCCCAUUCAUAGUGGGCUGAGGGAGACUUGUGGUCGAAUAGGUGGAAAACGCUGCUUAAACAUCUCCCUGCGCCAAAACAAAAACACCCGCCAAAAGAGAUCCUAUUUCAUUUAUAUGAGCAGGAAAUUGACCUGUUGGGGGAGAAGGAGGAGGGGUGGUUGGAGACGACAAAAAAACACAGGGAGCUGAUCUCGGAUUUGGAGAUUUUGUGGGAAUGUGACAAGUUAGGCAUACCUCUGGAGUGCUUGGCUGGCCACUGUGUGUUUUGUUGAAGGGGGGGGGGGGGGUGCUCUUGGGUACUCUCUCCCUCCCAGACACCCGUACUCAGGGGAUUGUGUUCUCCUGUCCCUGACUGCUUUGCAUGAGAAUGGACAGAGACUGGGAAGGACAGCGGUGAUGGGAGAGGAGCAGGUGCGACUGUCCUCCUCCACCCACCACCACCCCUGCCAUGCCCUGAACCGGACGGCCCCAGAAUCAGGUCCCAUCAGCCCAUUAGGGAACGAGCCGUCGUAGCCUUCAGGAAGCCCCUGGAGGAGGGGCACCUGCAUUGUGUGUGAGGGUGGGUAAGAUGACACCGACAUGGACAGGUUACUACAUGUACUUUUUGUGACAGACAAGGCCAAUCAGAGUGAUGGUGGUCUAUUAUAAAAUUAAACCAUGAUGUUGUAUUAAUUGCUGCACUACAAAGUAAUUGAUUUGGCUAUAUCUUAUCUUAAAUAGAAUAUUCUCCAUUCUAAAUAUUUAAAACAGUGUAUUGUACAGGGUGUAUACCAUGGAAGAGAGCAUAACAAUUGAAGACAUGCAUGACAAAAAAUGACCAUGAAUGUGAUGGAAAUUAAUGUAUACUGGCUGAUACUGUAAAUGACUGACCAUAAAAAUGGUCAGAUAGUGUCCUGGAGGUGCUACUUGUUGUCUGGCCACUAGAUGGGAACAGUAUCACUCCAUUCUUCCAGUCAUUGUAGUCAUAAACAUCAAUUAAGGAAUCCAUGGUGUAGCCUAUAUUAUUAGGUAUUUGGAUAAACAAGAACAUUUUAAAUGCAUUAUAUAUCACUAUUAAUUUAUUUGAUUUCUAAAAACUCACUUCCUUUUCUUACUCCCCCCACCCCUGCACAUAAACUAAUCUUUGUAGGCUAUGAAACGAAAUAGGUAAGCCUACGUGAUCUGACAUGCAUUCAUGCAUAAUCCAGACAGAAUGGAAAACACUGUAAACUGAUUAGGCCAUAUGCAAGCCAUAACCUAGGCUAUGAUUUAUUCUUUACAGAUGAUGACAAAAUUAUCUCAAACUUCAUAGCAUCUCACCAAUAUACCUUUCUGACCAUAUUCCAAACAAUAGCUUUAGACUAAUAGGUGAAUCAUCUGUCCCCUCUCUUAAUCCUUGGUCCACUGAAUAAAACACAAAGGACUAUUUUCCCCAAUCCUCCAAGAGUAUUAAAAACCAGUUUCAUUUUUUACAUGAAGCAAUGCAAGCCAAGCGCUAAAGGCACGCAAUAAUGGAAUUGGGCAAACCUUUAAAUUCACACCUCCCCCGAAAAAUAAAGAUAGUCCUUCGAGCUCACUGUUCAAGCGACUGUACAAGAAAUAUAUAAAAAAUCGAAUUGAAUUACAUUAAAGGCGGGGCAAAGCAAGUCCGUCACCACACUCCGCCUGUUUCAGAAGAUACACAGAGAGGAGAGGAGAAAGUUAGGAGUCCUCGCGCUAUGAACGGAACGAAAGGGGUACUCUACUGGCUUAUCCGAGCACACUAGAGAAAUUGUGGCAGCAUGUUAUGCACAAAUUAUGCCAGUAUAGUCUGUUGUUAAACUUUAACGAGUUGCUGUCUAAAUGUUCGCCGGAAACCAAGGAUCGCAGGACUUCAACGGCCAAUAAGGACUUGUUUUGUUUGACCACCGAUUUUAAUAUGCGUGCUACCGGUGCUGUAUUGGUUUUCCCUUCGCCACUCCAUACAACGUGGUCCCAGCGCGGCUUCAGCAAAAAAACUACAGAAACACCGUAGUCCAAAAUUACCAAUAUCUCGAAACUGUUUGUCUUUUUUCGUUUCUUUUAAUUUCAUGAAUAAGCAUUGCACAGAGGAUUAAUACUAUUUGCAAACUUCCGUAACUGGACUAAAAGUUUUGAUUGAUUUGUACCUGUCAUGGAUAUACCAUUUUUGUCAAGGACAUAAACACCUCCUAUUCUAGACCUCAGACGGCCACAUGGAACAUUAAUUCUGCAAUACCACACAAGUAAAAAUCUUGAUUUUAAAUUUCAGACAAAUGUGAUUGUUAUCUUUUCCCUAAGAUGCAUAAUUUGCUAAGGGAUAGCAUGUCAUGCAGUAUGUAACAAUUCUAUCAUCCCAUUUUGUCCUGAAACACUAUGGGGGACUUACAUGUGAAGACUGUGAUUUUAUUCUGGUGUCCACUUGUAAUUGUUGGAUCAACGCUGGAAAUUGGAGCCUAUGACAUCGAACGAGGGCGACCAGCAAAAUGCGAGCCCAUCACCAUCCCCAUGUGCCAGGGCAUCGGCUAUAACAUGACGAGGAUGCCCAACUUCAUGAAAUACGAGAGUCAGGUCGAGGCGGGCAUCAAGCUGCUAGAAUUUGCCCCUCUGGUGAAGUACGGCUGUGACGUGCACCUCCGCUUCUUUCUCUGCUCGCUCUACGUGCCCAUGUGUGCUGACCAGGUGUCCAACACCAUCCCCGCCUGCCGGCCCAUGUGCGAGCAGGCACGCCAGCGUUGCUCACCCGUCAUGGAGCAGUUCAGCUUCGGCUGGCCCGACUCGCUGGACUGCUCGCGGCUGCCAACCAAGAACGACCCCAACUCCCUGUGUAUGGAGGCGCCCGAGAACGACACCAAGCCUGAGGGGAAGAAGGGGGAGGGCAUGCUUCCGCUGCCCCCCAGGCCCAGGCCACCGGGCACCGGGGCAGGAGUUGGGGGUUCAGCUGGCGGGGCCUCCACUUCCGCUGGCCUGGGCUCGUGCGCCAACCAGGAGAAGUUCCAGUACGUGGAGAAGAGCCGCUCGUGCGCGCCACGCUGCGCACCCACCGUCGACGUCUUCUGGUCGCGCCAGGACAAGGACUUCGCCUUCGUGUGGAUGGCCGUCUGGUCCACACUCUGCUUCGUCUCGACCGCCUUCACCGUGCUCACCUUCCUCCUGGACCCGCAGCGCUUCCAGUACCCCGAGCGGCCCAUCAUCUUCCUCUCCAUGUGCUACAACGUCUACUCGGUGGCCUUCAUCAUCCGCUCGGUGGCCGGCGCCGAGAACAUCGCCUGCGACCGCGAGAAUGGCGAGCUCUAUGUCAUCCAGGAGGGCCUGGAGAGCACCGGCUGCACGCUUGUCUUCCUCAUCCUCUACUACUUCGGCAUGGCCAGCUCCAUCUGGUGGGUCAUCCUCACGCUCACCUGGUUCCUGGCUGCUGGACGCAAGUGGGGCCACGAAGCCAUCGAGGCACACAGCUCCUACUUCCACAUGGCUGCCUGGGGCCUGCCGGCCAUGAAGACCAUCGUCAUCCUCACCAUGAGGAAGGUGGCGGGAGACGAGCUGACGGGGCUCUGCUACGUGGGCAGCAUGGACGUGACGGCGCUGACCAGCUUCGUGCUGGUGCCGCUGGCCUGCUACCUGGUCGUGGGCACCUCCUUCAUCCUCACGGGCUUUGUGGCGCUCUUCCACAUCCGCAAGGUCAUGAAGACGGGCGGCACCAACACGGAGAAGCUGGAGAAGCUCAUGGUCAAGAUCGGCGUCUUCUCCAUCCUCUACACGGUGCCGGCCACCUGCGUCAUCAUCUGCCUCUUCUACGAGCGCCUCAACAUGGACUACUGGCGCUACCGCGCGCUGGAGGGCAAGUGUGUGGCUUUCCCCGGACGCCGGAGCGAGGACUGCUCGCUGGACGCCUCCGUGCCCACCGUGGCCGUCUUCAUGGUCAAGAUCUUCAUGUCGCUGGUGGUGGGCAUCACCAGCGGCGUCUGGGUGUGGAGCCCCAAGACGCUCCAGACCUGGCAGGGCCUGUGCAACCGCAGGCUGGCUGUGCGCGGCUCCAGGAAGGCCUGCAACAGCGUCAGCUGCAGCAGCUCGCACUGCUACUACAAGCCGUCCACGGUGGCGUUGCACAUGUCCAAAACAGACUCUUACCUAGAGAGCCCCACACACGUCUGACAGUGGAGGCUAAAGCUUCCACCAUGUUCUUGUAUGUCCAGUGCCAAAAAGAAGGGAGCGUGUUUAUUUUUUUUGUCCUCUAAAGACAUCAUUGCUCUGCAUUGACUGCAUUUGAUGAUUUCAAAGUAGGGAAGGCAGGCAAAAUCACCCACAGGCAGACAUAAAGGGAGUAUACGUAUGAACAUCAUCUGAUAGACUGCUUGUUUGUGGUGAGCAACUGUAUAGGAUGUAUACAAGGUAUUCAUGUUUGUUUGGUGUUUUCUCCCUCUCAGACUUCACCAGCUGGUUAACUUAUUGUUUUGAGUAUUUAUGUGCAGACCCCAAUAGGUGUUGCUGUAUGUAUUGUAUCGUAUUGUAUAUGAGCACUUACUGAAAGAAUAUAACAACUAAAGUGUUUUUAAAGAAGUCAUAUUUUUCCUAAAUAAAAUACAGUAAUGUA